AGAACUCAAAAGAAAAAUGAGUUUUUUGAUUUUCAUUCAAUUAAAAAAUCAAGAACAUUGGAUUCAUCAUCUGAAAAUAGUUUGAAAAUCCGAGCUACCUACAAUUUUUCAAAAUAGUCCAGUAAAAAAACAAGUUUACAAAAACUCUAAAAUUGAAAAAGAAAACAAGUUGGUUCAAAUCUUUUUGAUAAAAAAAUUUAUGAAAAUAAACUUGAUAAAAAAAAUAAGAACUAUGCAAGUCGCACGGGUUUUCAUUUCAAUUUGGAAAACAUGUUAUUCUGGAUUCAACUAUGAAUGUUUUGGAGUACCUAUUAGAGUUUCAUUUUAUGGGUCACCAAAAAAAUUUGAAGAAAGUAAUGGAAAUCUCGAAGGUUAAAAGAUUGUACUUUAAAAUUUGGUGUUCUUGUCAAAAAAAAAAAAAAAAAAUGAAAAAAGGAGACAGGCUGAAUAUUACAGAACUAGCAUUAUCAUUCAAUAAAUUUUUCUUGGCAUAGUCUGAAAAAAUCCAAAAAAAUCUAAAAAUUUCUGUCAUCGAUUUUAUAAAAAUAUUUCACCAAGUUGAGUAAAACACCCAUGCUUUUUGAAUUUCAAUUUUCAACGUCUCGUACGUACUGAAAAUCCGACGUGUUCCAAAAAAUGCUAUAAAAAGCGCCGUUUAGAAUAAGUUAAGAUACAAACUAAGUAUUUCCUGUAUGUACAAAAGGUAAUUAAAAAUGGAAACGUUUAAAAAACGGUAGCCAUAAUUACAAUGCAGAUAACGAUAAAUUCCAGAACAUGCAUGGUUUUCAACAAAACACGAAAGGUGAACCAUAAAAUCACAGCAAAAUUUUCACAAAUUAACGUCAUGUGACAACCGCGUUGGGAAUUUCGCGCGCGGUCUGGUCGACUUCAGUGUUGAGAAAAGAAAGACCUAAUUACAAAAAAAAUAAAAAAAAUGUCCGUCUUGAAUAUUUUAUUGUAUAUUAUUUUAUCGAUCUACACACACAGUCCUGUUUACUUGAUAAAUGAAUUUAUCAACGGUCUACAAAUUACUUCCAAUCCGGAUACUUAUUUAACACCACCUCAGAUUAUCACAAGACACGGGUAUCCAUCAGAAACCUAUAAUAUUAAAACUCAGGAUGGAUUUAUCUUAGAAUUGCACAGAAUUCCUAAUGGUUUAAAACAGGGAACAGCAAAUCAGUAUCCAGUACUGCUUUUCCAUGGCUAUAUGGAUUCGUCCGCAGCGUGGAUCGCUCUUGGACCAGACCAAGCUCUACGUAAUACAUAUGUGGCGUGGAAUGGUGAAAGGGACCUGAUCCGUAAAAACCUGUUUUCGAGAUCUUAUUUGUUGGCGGAUGAGGGGUACGAUGUUUGGAUGUUGAACACACGUGGAAACACGUUUUCUCAGGCUCAUAUUAAUUAUACACCAGAACAACGUGAAUUUUGGGACUUCAGCUUCCACGAAAUAGGUGUAUACGAUGUGCCAGCAACCAUCGACUUCAUUUUGGAUAAAUCGAACCACCCAAAAUUAUUUUGUAUAACUCAUUCUGCUGGAGGCUCCGAAAUAUACAUAACUUUAUCGGUAUUACCACAAUACAAUGAAAAAAUUAUUGCGCAAGUCAACCUUGCACCCCUUUAUCACGGGGAUCCUUCGAUUACUACGAAAGCGACUCUGCCAAUUAUUGAUUACGUUUACGUAAAUUCCUUUAGUUAUUUUGAUUAUGGUCCGAAACAAAAUAUGGAAAUUUAUGGUACUACUUCGCCUCCAGAAUACAAUAUCAGUAAUAUAAUUACACAGACACGAAUUUAUCACGAUAACUUGGAUGUAGCAUCAAGCAAUACAGUGAGCAUUGACUCAUGAAGUUUUACGCUAAAAAAUUAACCUACGAGUAUAUACCUAUAGACAUGAUUUUUACACCUUUACAGGAAAUUCUAUCGUUGUACAAUAAACUACCUACCAAAGCAGGCUUGAUACAAAUACGAGAUCCAGGAUUUACUCAUAUGGACUUUACGCUGAAUAAAAAUGCCAAAAAGUUGGUGUACGACGAUCUGAUAACUUUUGUAAAUUAUGUAACAAAUAA